ACGGGUUACACCGGCACCUCACGUCCCACACUGGAUUUACCGGACUCCACCUGUCGCGAGCGCUCUGUUGUUUUUCCUGUCCGUGUCGUAAACGCUCUGACACAGUACGGCACGGCACGGCACGAGACACAAACGCAGGAACGAGAGCUGAGAAAACCGAAAAGAACAUAAACAGGUGAAAUAAUGAGCGCCGCGGUUCUCUGAAGGAUUGUUCCGUUUACCCGAGGACCGAGGAGGAAACAGAAGCAUAGCCCCGGUGGAUGGGUUUUUAUCCGCAGUGCCUGAGCCGAGCAGCAGAGCGGCCGAGCGGGGAGCACCAUGUCCAGACCGCCGCAGCCGCAGCAGCAGCACCGGACGCCGUUCAAACUCACCGACAGUGUGGUGGAGGUCAAGAGCAAAUUUGAGGCAGAAUACCGCCGCUUUGCCCUGAAGAGGAAUGGCCCGGCGGGCUUUCAGGAGUUCUACCGCCUCCUCCAAACCAUCCAUCGCAUCCCCGGUGUGGACGUGCUGCUGGGAUACGCCGACGUUCACGGAGACCUCCUUCCCAUCAACAAUGACGACAACUUCCACAAAGCUGUCUCGUCAGCCAAUCCGCUGCUCCGCAUUAUCAUAACCAAGAGAGAGGAUGAACCGGUAGUUUUUGCCACCAACUCCCUGCAGAGGCGUAAAAAGGGGCUGGGCUUGACCGGCCUGCGCACCCCCGGCUCAGGCUCUACCCACUCCAAGAACAGACAGGGCCUCAUGAUAGGCCUGCCGCAGAACUUCCGACAGAUCUCCUCCAUCAUCGACGUGGACAUCUUACCCGAGACACAUCGGCGGGUACGACUGCACAAGCACGGUACCCACAAACCCCUGGGCUUCUACAUCCGGGACGGCGUGAGCAUGCGGGUCACACAGCAGGGCGUCGAGAAGGUCCCGGGGGUGUUCAUAUCCCGUCUGGUGCGGGGAGGGCUGGCAGAGAGCACGGGGCUGCUGGGAGUUAAUGACGAGAUCCUGGAGGUCAACGGCAUCGAUGUGGCAGGGAAAUCUUUGGAUCAGGUUACAGACAUGAUGGUGGCCAACAGCCACAACCUCAUAGUGACGGUCAAACCAGCCAACCAGAGGAACAACGUGGUGCAUCGUGGGAGCAAAACCUCAAUGGGCAACUCGGGUUCUGUGGGCUCAGCCGGAUCGAGUGGCUCGGCUCUGUCACAUGACUCGCCAAGCCCCGCCUCUCAGAGCAACCCCAUCACUGCGAGCAACAGUAUUGCCGAGGGCGACAGUGACGAUGAUGACGAUGACGACGGCGACCUGAUUCUGGAGAAUGACUGCCUGACGCCCUACGACGCCCAGCGGGUCGCCAACGGCAACAACACCAACCUGAACAGGGACUCCCCGGGGGUCAGGCCCCUCCCACAGAGCGUCUCCUUGCCCAAUAGCGUCGGAGCGUCCCUGAGCGUCAGCUCGCCGGUGACGUCCAAUCAGAACGGAAACCCCGCCCACACACCCAGCAGCAGUCAGGAGAGCAUGAGAGAGGACGGCAACAUCAUCACACUGUGACACGGCUGGGACUAUGGGAUGGGCUGUCACCAUGACAACCACGGAUGGCCGUGCUCCCGUCAGCACGUUUCCUUUUUAAAGACUCGCAGACCGUUCCUGUGGACAGGUGAGGCUCUGUCAGCCCUGGUGCAUCAUGGGGGUUUCCCAGUCUACAGCGUAACAACACUGACUCUUUAUAUGGCUGAGGUCAGCUGUCAGGUUCCAAACAAGGAUUUAUAUUCGCCAGAGGAUGAUUGAAAUGCCAUCAUGUUUGAACUAGUGAUGUCCCGACCCAAAACGCAAUCUCUUCAGCUGUGACUCAGAAUGAAAAUCUGCAGAAUUUAGCGGACUGUUUUUCUGCUCGGGGUGGAGAUGUGUUUUUCUUUUUUUAAAUUUGAUUCUGCGUCUGCAGAUGCCGUGUGGCCCUGCUGAUGUUCAAAUGAAGCUUCAUGAACCAUUAGUUUCAUGAAGUAUCUUCUGAGCCCACUAGGGGGCGCUCUAGGCUUAAAGAAAUGUAGGUUCAACAAAGGGCCACCUAGUGUGCUUCCCUUUUGUUGAACAGAGAGCGCCAACUAGUGGGCUCAGGAAGUUAAGGGAAUGCUUCAUCAAGCUUCAUGUAGACAUCAGAAACUAAUCGAUGUAGACUUUGGGAGAGCAACACAAUUGAGAAAUCUAGCCAUAAGUCAAGUCUGAUGUCAAGAGAUGUUAAAGAGAUGAUCUCUAUCCCAGGGUUGCACCAGUCCCAAACAUCCCGUUAACUGCAGGAUGGCUGACUCAUUGACUACAACGAGACGAAGAAAGAACAAUAUCCAGUGAAACAUUAAUGGCUCUAUUUUCUUGGCGGCACAACAGCCAGUGGCAGCAGCACGGCGACAGGUCGCCAUUUCCCCGACUCUGAAACUUUCUCUGCUCACGUCUGUUUCUAGAGCUGCUAAUCUGGGGAUUUCAUCAACAGGAGCAAAGUCAAUACGGUACUUGUAGCAAAUGCUCAGCAGUAAUGGAGUCCUCUUUAAGAAUCAAACUAACUACGACUUGCUUUUUAACAACUCAGUUGUAAAAUGGAAGUCUAAAUCCCUGCAGAAUGUGCAGGGAUUUAGAAUGUGAAGGCAGCGGUACACAUGUUUACACAUCUGCAGCCUUUGAUUGGAGGAAGUGUCACUCAGCUGUUUGAGAGCUAAUUGAGCAGAGGAUGGCAUUGGCUCAGUGUAUUACUAUAGACCUGCAGCGCUGCACUGGUUGUUUCAACAGCAGAAUAGAGCCCUAAUUGUCUUAUAAAUCACAUAAUAUAUUGAAGAAGGGGAUUUAAUAAAGGGAUUAAAUAAUAUUUGCAAUACUUUUUUCUUCACUAAAUCAGAUAUCAAACAAUAAUCAUGAUUCAUCUCACUGGUUUAAUUCAAGGCUUAUAUUUGACAUAGGGUUUUCUUUCCUUUUUCAAAUGUGUAUAAAUAUAAAAAAUAACACUUUACUUUGAAAAGGUGUCAGAUCUUCGGUGUUGGUAGGCUAAGAUAUAGCUUUUACAUUCUGGCAUUUCAAAAUAUGGAAACGCAAUGACUGUGAGUCACAUUUAUUAUUAUUGUAUUAAAAUAAUUUCAUCAACAGUUAUUGAGAGGAUGGGACAAGGAGGAGAUGGCUGAUAGAGAUAUACAGUGUCAUUGCACAGUGGGCCAACAUUUAGUUUUUUUUUUUUUUUUUUUAAAAGCGGCUCGGUAUUGGAAUUUCCCAAAGUCCGGUACAGAACCCAAGUACCCACAAGUCCGGUACAGAACCAAGCCUGGGGCCAGAAAACCGCGUGGUGCGAGGGAGGAAACGCUUUGACCCUCGACCGGCGCCGCAGUGACGGACAGACACCGAGCAUAGCGCUACAUGAUCCACGGCGCCGUAGUGUCAGCAGCACUCACCCACCUUAAACGUAACCAAAACAAACUGGGAGUAAUGUUUCAGUGGAUAUGGCCUGUGGUAGAAAGAAGUAUUGAUAGAGUAAUACAUGGGCAUUGUGCAGGGCGGCUCUAUAAUACAUGAUCUACUAUUGUGAUCUGUGAGCUAUCCAGGAUCCAGUCAGUGUCCAGUGUCGUGAUACUAAACUUGGUGUUGGUAUCAAAGUCAAAGUGUCUGUAUCAUAGUACGUGGAGAAUAUUUUUAUGGUUUUCAUACUACAUUUAUAAACUAAAGAAGCAGAGACACAAACCCACUGUUCAUCAGGGGUCAGAAUAAGGAACUUCCUGUCAUAUUUAAACUGUGUGUGUGUGUGGAUAGUCAUAUAAUCCACCCGAAUAUUUCUGCUCUGACUGUCAAGCUGAAUCCAUGUUACAGUUUUAUGUUUUACAUAAUAUUAUCAGCUGACAUGCAACAGGAGAGCUCCAUAGUCUGCCUGUGUUUAGUGUCCUCUUCCAGGGCCACGUUGGGCCGGUCCAGCUCACAACAGUCCUCAGUCCCAAACCCCUGGCAGCCAACCUUAUUUAAUACACUCAACUAAAGAACUGAGAGCCCUAACUGGUUAGAAACAACUAUAAUCAUCACUAGUUGUCAUUUUUUAAGUAGCAUUUUCACCUUUACUGUGAGUACGAACUAACUAGUCGGUUAUUCAAUCAGGUCUGAUACUCACUGAUGGCUGUUUGCUCCCGUCCACAGAGAAUUGACCAAUCAGAGCUUUGUAGAAGGGAUUACAAAUGUGUACAUGUACGAGACGCACUGACAGGAAAAUGUAGACAAGCAUCGAAGAGAUGACGAUCAACAUAUUCCUUUAGUCGUCUGUUAGCGUGUGACGGCGUGAAGCAGCUAAUUUAGUUAUGGAAAAUCUCCCUGACACAGGUGAAGGGAUCACCAACUGUUAGAGGGGAAAAGAGUACCACGGUGCUCGAGCCUGGCCCUGAAAGAUCAAGCAUUUGUCUGAGAGCGGUGUGUGUGAUGAACCGUUCAUAUGAGACCGCUGUCCACGUUAGCUAAGCUUAACCAUCAAAUGACACAGAAUCCCACUGAUUACCAAAAUAAUGGUUUGGUUGGCCGUUGUGUUUCCCUGUAGCAGACGGUCCUGAUCGCAGUGCUGCACAGCUGGGUGUAACCCCAACCCCUCCCUACGAAAAAUGUUAUUUAACUGUACAGAAGAUGUAGCAUCUCCAACCAAACCCUGGCUGCUUAUUACCCCUCAACAUCAACUUAAAUAAA